AGUGCAAUAUAAAUAAUGGCAAAAGGAAAAAGAUCGCUAGAUAAUGGAGUUACCCAAUUUCAGAACAAGUCAAAAUUAACGUUAGCUGCAUUAAUAUUUGUAUUUUACGUUGCAAUGUUACAAGGAUGGCGGUUAAGGGUGUCGAAGCUGUUCAUAAUUCCCCAGCGGUAUGUCCUCGGUAUCAUGGGACUGCUGGCUGUUUGCAACGCGUAUACUAUGCGCGUGUGUUUGAACCUCGCGGUGACCCAGAUGGUAAAUAACACCAAGAACGAGGAUGCGCACUUUGAUCCCGAUGCUUGUCCUGAUGACAGCGAAUUAUUAGUUAAUGGAACAGUUGCGCUUAAACCUCACGCCAUCUUCGACUGGUCUGAGUCGACCCAAGGUCUUAUACUUAGUGCGUUUUACUAUGGAUACGCCAUUACUCACGUCCCUGGUGGGUACUUAGCGGAACGAUACGGCGGCAAAUGGACUCUUGGAAUUGGUCUUUUGAGUACGGCCAUAUUUACUUUAUUAACUCCUGUUGUUGUGAAGGCUGGAGGUGCAACAUGGUUAUUCAUACUUCGUGUCUUACAAGGCAUGGGCGAGGGUCCAACAAUGCCAGCUUUGAUGAUUGUGCUCGCUCGAUGGGUCCCACCGCAUGAGAGGUCUCGACAAGGCGCUGUUGUGUUCGGUGGUGCUCAAAUAGGCAAUAUCUUCGGUUCAUUUAUGUCAGGUUUUUUAAUGGCGGGUGGCGGAGACUGGGCUAAUGUUUUCUACUUCUUCGGAUGUUUUGGAAUUUUAUGGUUUAUUGCUUGGAGUAUAUUCUGCUACAGCACUCCAAAUACACAUCCGUUUAUAUCAGACGAGGAAUUAAAAUAUUUAAAUGAAACCGUGACUAGUGCAGAAAAGGCAAACAUUAGGGAUCCUGUACCAUGGAAAGCCAUCGUUCGAUCGGUUCCGGUUUGGGCACUUUUAUUCGCUGCGGUUGGUCACGAUUGGGGCUACUACACAAUGGUAACAGACCUGCCCAAGUAUAUGACAGAUGUCCUUAAAUUCAACAUCGCAACUACCGGAACAUUAACAUCCAUUCCUUACCUUGCUAUGUGGAUCAGUGCUUUCAUUUUCGGCUGGGCUUGUGACUUCUGUGUUAAACGAAAAUGGCACUCAAUUAAAACUGGAAGAAUCAUUCAUACUACUAUAGCUGCAACUGGUCCCGCCAUCUGUAUUAUAUUAGCUUCAUACGCUGGAUGUGAUCGUUUUGCAGCUGUCGCGUACUUUAUCGCAUCGAUGGCUUUAAUGGGUGGCUUUUAUAGCGGCAUGAAGGUAAAUGCACUGGACUUGGCACCUAACUAUGCUGGUUCAUUGACUGCUAUGAUCAACGGAACGUCGACAAUAUCAGGCAUUAUCACUCCUUAUCUCAUAGGACUGUUAACUCCCGACUCAACAUUAGUUCAAUGGCGAUUGGCAUUCUGGGUAUGCUUCGCGGUGCUCGUUGGAACCAACGUAAUAUACUGUAUCUGGGCUGAUGGGAAACAACAAUGGUGGGACGAUGUACGUCAAUACGGUUACCCUGAAGGCUGGAAACAUGGUCCACUCAAAACUGCUAAUGAAGAUAAGGAAAGCAGCAAAAAGAAGGAAGCAGAAGGGACAGCGUUAUAGGAAAAUAUAUUUUUGCGUACCAAUAUGAGGGUACUAAAUACUAAUGUAUUAAAUUUCCCCUUAAACAUUGCAUAGCAAUUAGCUAGAAUGUUUUUAAGAACUUAGGACAAGAAUGGGCUGAAAUUUUAAUGUUUCGCACGUUUUUAACUAAAAUGGGUUGUGUUAAACGGAAAACAAAGGACCCAAAAAUAUGUGGCGCUGUUAUAUUUAUAUUGUAAGUGUUAGUUUGAUAGAAGUUUUAGAAUGUACCUUCUUAAAAAAUAGUUAAUAAAUGCAAUGUGUACAAUUCUCAUAGUGCCAUUUUGUGAUAAACUAAUUAAUGGUGCUUUUAAGUUCAUUUUAAAAGUACACAAAAAUAUAAUAGACUUGUGAAAACAGUCUGUCUAAUAUUUAUAAACACACCAAAUUUUGAUAUUAAAAUCUUAAUGUUGUCUAUAGUAUUUUUUAAGGAUUUUUGAUUUUUGACAAAAUGACUUUUAAUAGGUAAAAAAUCUAAUAAAUGAUUAUACCAUUAGUUUCUCUAAAUUCAGAUUAAUCUAUAAUUUAUUCUUAACUUAUAUUAUAUUAAAAAAAAAAUGUCUUCAGCAAUAUGCAUUAGUUAAAUAGCUAAUUAUAACUUUCUAAAUAAAUCUUAUUGUAUAUAAUGGACUUAUCUUUAAUUUUAUUAGACAACAUUUAUAUCAAAAAUUUAUUAUCUAUAAAAAAUUCUCACCGAAUUUAUUAAAACUUUGUAUAAAAUCUUUAUAAUAAUUAAAAUAGUUCAGUUACCAUACCUAUUUUAAUAGGCCUUUGAGUAUUAAAAUAUUGUCAUUCUUAAUUUAAAUUUACAUUUGCUUAGAAUAAGCCAAGACACUAGUGAGCAGAACAUGUUAAUCUAAUCAAAGAUAACAGGUUCAAAUUUGGGCAAACAACACUGAGUUUCAUCUCAAUGUUGUAUAUGUUUCAUGCUCACCUUUAAACUUUAGAUAUGGUCUCCCCGACCAUUGCCAAGUUGUUGUAUUUGAAAUAUAAUAUAUUAUCAUAGUAAUGUUUUGCAAUAACGAUGUUAUAAUAAGGGUUACCCAAUUUCCAAAUACUGUAUACUUUAACUUAAUGACAAAUAUUUUUUAAAUUUAUUAAAAUGUGUUAAACGAAAUAUUCCUAUAAACGUAUUAAAGUUUGUGAUAGAUUUAUUCUUCUAGAAAGUUUUUGUGAUUGAAAGA